AUGGCGCGCACCCUCGCCCUCCUCCUGUGCCUGGCAGGCCUGGCGCUGCACGGGCACGCAGCGGCGUCCCCCCCGAUCGAUCCUUUCGCCAGCAGCUCCACCGUGAGCACCGGCACGAACGGCGCCGCAGCCUUCUCGCCCAAGCGCCUGACGUACAAGGGCGUGGCGACGACGGGGUACACCUCCACCCCCCUGACCACCUACGGCGCCACCAACCUGGGCUGCGCGCUGGGGUACGUCGGCGACAACUUCACUUCCGACUACGUGGCCAUGGGCCCCUCCUUCUUCAACCAGGGCUACUCCUGCGGCCUCUGCAUCCGGCUGGAGUGCGACGACGCGCGGUGCGAGCAGCCGGGGCGCACGCGGGUGGCGCAGGUGCUGGACUACUGCGGCAACUGCUAUGAUGCGGACCUGACCAUCGCGCAGCCGCUGUUCGUGGCGCUGACGGGGCGCCAGCCCAGCCCCAACCCCUCCGCCCUUAUCUCCUGGGAGUUUGUGGACUGCGCGCCCUACAGCAACGGCACCAUCAAGAUGCUGGUGAAGCAGGGGGGCAGCGCCUACUACCAGGCCUUCUCCUUCGCCAACUCCAUCUACACCAUCACCGCGGCGCAGCUGAACGGGGACCGGCUGGUGCACGGCACCGACAACUACUGGAGCUGGAACCCGGUGAGCACCAUCGACCCCGCCGGGCCCUUCACACUGGACAUCCUGGGCUCCAACGGCCAGGUGCUGCAGGUGGUCCUCCCCGCCCUGGUCUCCACCGACCUGGGCCUGCAGUUCACGCCCCCUGCCCCCGUGCCUGCGCCCAGCGCGGAGUGA